AUGGUGCGGCAAAUGAUUGGCGCCAACAGGCUACAGCACAUUUCAAAUGAAGUGCUACGAGCCAGAUCUAGCGUGAAAGAUAUUAUUGAAGCAAUGUACGCCAGAAAGAGGAAAUGGGCUGGUCAUGUGGCAUGGAUGUCAGGAGUAUUGCUCGCAGUCAUCGCACUGACGCAGCUGCGCCUGCUCUGGUUUUUGUACGUUGGUUGGCGAUAUAGAUCAACUCAACUACUACAAAUACAUUUCGUCUUGUCUUUGUUCUGCAUCAUCAGCUUGUUCACAAUGUGCACAGUGAUUGGAUUUCUCGACCUAUAUGCUGCGGGAGUAUUUCGUUUUUCGCCUCUCAGGAACUACAUGCAAUCACACAUUUUGGUUGCGCUUUUUUCACUGAUACUGUUCAUUAUUGGUUUCAAUGCAAGCUGGCAAUUUCACUCCGAAUUGAAGAAAAAAAAGCAAAUCAUGAGGUCUUUACGGCGGUCGCAAAGGCGGUACCUGUGA